AUGAGGGAGAUGAGGGACGAUUCCGAGUUGGACGUAACAUCGGUUGGACGCUCGCAGAUUGCAGUUGCAUCCUCCUUUCGACCAUCCUCCUGCCCACCCUCCUUCAUCUUCAACCAGCCUCCCGCCGCCAAUUGCCUUCCCUCUGUCAUCACGCCCAUCCUCCGCUUCAGAAACCUUUACGCUCGCUUCACCACCAUCGCCCGAAUCACCCAUCAGUAUCCUUCGUUUUUCACCAUCGCCUUGAAACUCGUCCAAACGCGCAACCUCUGA